CGUCCUCUGCCGCGUUCAGGGGCGGCUCCGCGGGUUUGAACCUACAGAUUCCGGAGGGGGGUGCUGUAGAAUGAUCAAAUGCUGCCUAGGAUUAGCAGUGGCUCUGGUGCGUCACCAUGGUCAAAUGAGCGUGUGGGCGGCGGUGGAGCGAGCAGCUGCGGCAUUGCCCCUCCAACCCCGCGACGCGGGAGCUCCCUCCAUGGAAAAAGCUAUGAAUUUGGCUGGUGGAGGGGUCAAAUUCAGAGUGAUGUAAAGCGGCGCCGCAGACCUGUCACGCGUAGCAGUUCACUCACCAACAUCAGAUACAGCACCGCCCCGACCUCUCGCGAUCCGGAAUCUACAUUGCAAUUUUAUUGGAAUUUCCCCCCGGAGACUUCAUCCGCAGAAUCUGUCCAGCAAUUAAUAUCACCACCCUCUCCGAACAAUUAUGAGCGCCGAGCCAGAGCAGGCUGAGGCUGUGAGCCUCGAGCCGCAGUCGCGUGUCGUGGUCUACUGUGGAGUGUGCACUCUUCCCCCAGAGUACUGCGAGUAUGGCGGCACAGUCAGGAAAUGCCAGGAUUGGCUUCAGAAGGCUCACCCCGACAUGUACUCGAGGAUAUGGUCGCCAGAAGCACUAGAAGCCGCGACCGCCUCCCUAUCCGUCGAAGCCCAGCAGCGCGCCGAGAAGGACGCUAAGAAGAAGGCCGCCAAGGCGGAGGCGGCGGAGCAAAAGCAAGCCGACAAGCUGGCGUCGAGCGUCGUGACCAUCAAGAGGAUCGAGCGCAACAAGCGCAAGUUUGUCACCUCUAUCACCGGCCUCGAGGCUUUCGGGCUGGAUCUUAAAAAGGUUGCGAAAGAGUUCGGAAAGAAGUUCGCUACGGGCUCUUCCGUAACAAAGGUUCCGAGCGGAGGCGAGGAGAUCGUGGUUCAGGGUGAUGUGAGCCAAGAGGUGCAGGAUUUUAUCGUGCAAAAAUAUAAAGAUGUCCCCGAGGACAAUAUCGAGCUGGUCGAGGAUAAGAAGAAAAAGAAGGACGCUGCCGCAGCGGAAGGCUAGCGGCAAUGACGGCAGAAGACAACAGCAUGCCAUCACAUGAUCGCAGGAGGAGAAUAUGGAAAUGGGAGGGCGGCAGUCCCGUAUGGCUUGCAGACCGUCAAGAGUCCCGACAAUGCCUAGCAAUGCAGGCGGCUUGCAGAGAAAGCGUUAGGGUUUCACCAUGUAUCCUGGAUUUGUUUUUAUCCUCAAUAACAGCGAGCUCAAGAUUGCCCAGAAUUGUAGAUGGAAACAAAGACGUGAGACCCCCAAGAGACACAAACCGCCCCUUUGCGCCGUAACCCCGAUCCCUAAACCCG